GGUGCUGACCAAAGGUAAAUUCGCCUCCUAUAAAAGAAGCGGGAUUAGAAGGUAAAUGGUCGCAGUAACUGAAUCCUGCAGCCGCUUUAAAGCGACACGGACUCGGUUUCCUGUGUGUGAGAAGUUUGCUCCUGAGCUGACACACUCUCCGUUUCGCAACUGACCUACUUAAACUCGAGACAGACAAAAACACGGCUGUGAAACGGUGGAAAGAGGAGACCGGGUUCGUGUAGGAGCUGAGCCUUCAGUGUGUGAACACCUGCACAGGUAACAGAAGCUCACGCUGGAGCACAGCCGGGGACUGGCUAUGGCUGAAGCGGCGGUGCCCGGUUCGGUGUCCAGGGGGGUCCGGGCCAUGUUUUUGAUGCUCACACCGAAUGAGUCAUCCUUUGAGAAAGUGGAGGAUGUUCCUCAGUAUGUGCAGCAGGCCACUCCUGUCUUUGUAGGGCUGAUCAUUCUGGAGCUGUUGGUGAGCUUGCUGAAGACAGGAGCCCCGGCGGUCACCGUCAGUGAUGGACUCACCUCCAUUUCUUCUGGAAUGAUCUCCAGACUCCCAAUGUUGCUGAUGAGAAGCUGUGAGCUGACGGCUUACAUGUAUGUGUGGGACCGGUACCGCCUGGUGGAGCUGCCCUGGGACUCUGCCUGGACCUGGUGGUUCACCUUCCUGGGGGUGGACUUCUGCUACUACUGGUUGCACCGCCUCGCUCACGAGGUGUCCUUCCUGUGGGCUGCUCACCAGGUUCACCACAGUUCAGAGUACUACAACCUCACCACCGCCCUGAGACAAUCCGUCACGCAACAGUUUACAUCAUGGAUUUUCUACCUGCCCGUGGCUCUGGCUGUUCCUCCGUCCAUCUUUGCUGUUCACAUACAGUUAAAUCUGCUCUACCAGUUCUGGAUCCACACGGAGUUGAUCCGAGACCUUGGGCCUUUGGAGUGGGUCUUUAACACCCCGAAACAUCACCGAGUUCAUCACGGGAGGAACCUUUAUUGUAUUGACAAGAACUACGGAGGAAUUCUGAUCAUAUGGGACAGAUUAUUCGGUACCUUUGCUCUGGAGACAGAUAAAGUGGUGUACGGCCUGGUGUGCCCUAUCAGGACCUUUGAAAUCGUCUAUAUUCAGUUACACUACUAUUUAUAUUUGUGGAGAAGGUCCAACACUUACAAAACUAUCAGCAACAAACUGUCAACGUUCAUCAAAGGUCCAAGUUGGAAACCUGGUGAAUCUCGGCUGGGCAACCACGUCGGCAAUCCCAAGGUUACUGGAAAGGAAGUGCCUCAUGAUCCCAGCUGGUCUCUGCCUUUACAAGUCUACGUGGUCCUGCAUUUCCUGCUGGUGCUGCGGAUUUACCACGAUUUGUUUGAGAACAAGAUGAUGCUGUCCCAGUUAACCAUUCUGGGCAUGACCAUCUACGUUCUGCUCACCCUCACUUCCCUGGGCUUCAUCAUCGACCAGAGGCCAACAGCGGGCGUCUUGGAGAUGCUACGCUGUGUCGUCAUGGUGACAAUGCAGAGGUACGGCUUCAUGAAGCCCCUGGUGCCUUCGCUGGCUGUUCCCACAGAGGCCUUUGUCUCCCUCUCUCUGCUGUACUGGGCUCUGCAGAGCUUCACUCAGCUGCUCAGCAUCAAGAAGAAGGUCGACUGAGUCAACACGAGGCGACGCUGACUGAUGUGCGGGGGAAUUUUAUCUUUUGAAGUCAUAAUAACUGAUAUAAUUCCAUAGAAACAUAUACUGACUCACCAUAAACACUUUGUACAGCCUAAUUUGUGUGUGCCAUCCAUCAGCUUCUGCUGGGUUUUUCUUUUUAUUGGAUAAGUAAAACAAAAUGGUUCUUUCAGCUUCUGCUUGAUUCAUUUUCUUACUUUUAAUGUGCAGCUGGUUAAAGACUGUUUAUAACCAAAGCUUUAUCAUGAAAACAGUUUCAUAUCAAAUGGUUCAUUUCUUUCGAUAAUUUUGUUUUUCUAUGUCUCUGCUGCUUUUGUUUAAAAUUAAAGUAAUAACAGAAGAGCUGCGGUGAUAAUGAAUUAACUAAUCAAUCAGCAUGUUUAACCUGAGCCACUAUGACCAACUAUACAACAUAUACCUCUUAUAAAGCAAUUGCUGCUUAUACUGAUGCCUGUUAAUUUCCCUUUCAACUUAUAUUGUGAUAUUGCACAACA